CAAAGGGUCCAGGAUUGCACCGACACGGGGCUCCCCACUCCGAUGAAGGAGGGUCCUUCAGAAAAUGGCACGCAGUAUUUACUAUUUAGGUUCUCCCCGUCCAUGAAAACGGUUUCUUCUUCUUCUUCUUCCCCUUCUCAUCUUAUUUUCUCUUUCCAAUUCAACUCACGGUUUCGACCUCCCAACUCGCCUUCUUCGUCUACCAUCGUACUCGAUAGCUGAACUUGCACCUCGCCCAAAAUGGCUACGGACAAGAUUACUUUCCUGACCAACUGGCACGCCACCCCGUACCACGCUCCUCUGUACCUCGCCCAGGCCCGCGGCUACUUCAAGGAUGAGGGUCUCAAGGUCGCUCUCCUGGAGCCCAAUGACCCCUCCGACGUGACCGAGAUCAUCGGCAGCGGCAAGGUCGACAUGGGCUUCAAGGCUAUGAUUCACACAUUGGCCGCCAAAGCCCGCAACUUCCCUGUGACAUCCAUCGGCUCCCUCCUCGACGAGCCCUUCACCGGCGUGGUCUACCUCAAGUCCUCCGGCAUUACCACGGACUUCCGCUCCCUGAAGGGCAAGCGUAUCGGCUACGUCGGCGAAUUCGGCAAAAUCCAAAUCGACGAGUUGACCAAGUACUACGGCAUGACGGCCGACGACUACACCGCGGUCCGCUGCGGCAUGAACGUGACCAAGGCGAUCAUCAACGGCUCCAUCGAUGCGGGGAUCGGUCUCGAGAACGUGCAGAUGGUCGAAUUGGAGGAGUGGCUCGCCGACCAGGGCCGCCCGCGCGACGACGUCCAGAUGCUCCGUAUCGAUCAACUCGCCGAGCUAGGCUGCUGCUGCUUCUGCUCGAUCUUGUACAUCGCCAAUGAUUCCUUCCUCGCCGCGAACAAGGAGAAGGUCGGCAAGUUCAUGCGUGCCGUUAAGCGUGCUACCGAUGCGGUUAUCGCUGAUCCGGCUGGUACCUAUGAGGAAUACGUUGAUAUGAAGCCUAUCAUGGCUACGCCUGUCAACCGGAAGAUCUUUGAGCGCUCGUAUGCGUAUUUCAGCCGUGACUUGAAGAAUGUCUCCCGUGAUUGGGAGAAGGUUACUCGUUACGGGAAGCGUCUGGGUAUCCUCGAGGAGGACUUUGAGUCGAACUACACCAAUGAGUUCCUCUCGUGGGGACUCGAUGCCGACUCGACUGAUCCUACUGGGGACCAGAAGCGUAUGGCCGAGCUGCAAAAGGAGGUUGCUGCCAAGGGUGGCUUCAAGCGUCUAGAGGUUUCGGCUUCUGCUUAAGCUAAGCUGGCAGGAGCUGACUGAAACUGGUCCCCUGGGUACUGGUUCCCUCUUACUUGGCUCUCGGCCCUAGGCCCUAGCCUCUGUUGCUAUCUUUGAGAUAUUUUGCUGGUCAUCCGGGUUUCACUCUUUGACCUGGUGAUACUAUUAUCAAAUGGAAUAUGGGCUUUUCGCUCGAUUUGUGGAAUGUAUAGUUGUAAAUCUCGAGGGGUAAAAAGUAACCGCUAAAGGCAUCCAAACGCCUCGUAGUAAUCAUACAAUUGAGGACGCGGC